CUCAACUACUUGUCACCCCGACCCUUCGUCAGUAAUUUGACCUUCCAGUUCAACGACCUCGGCAAGGAGGUCACGAUCAUGCUCGCCUGGAGUCCCAACCUGGACGGCCUCUUUCUGAUAGUCUGGAAGGUCAGCAAAUUCGGGAAGUCGGGUCCAUACUGGGCUACCGAAACCUACACGGCCCAGUAAGUAAUGACAAGAUCAAUAGUCUUGAAAGUCGCUUAUAUAUUGUAUAGGCUUGCCGCUUGCUUGCUCCAGAGCCCAGGUCGAGAGUGGGAAAGUCAUCAGUGCUGCGACCUCCGUCAAUAUCAAUAACAGCGAGAAAACAACCUUGAC